AUGCAUCACUUCUCCAAGAUGUUGCAGCAACAAGGGGUGAGAGUGACCCUGGUCACCACCCUUUCCUUCUACAAGAAGUUGCAGAAUGUGACUGCUUCUAUUGCACUUAAAACUAUUUCUGAUGGGUUUGACAAUGGAGGGAUCGAUGAAGCAGGUAACCACAAAACCUACUUGGAACGGUUUUGUGAAGUGGGGUCAAAGACUUUGGCUGAGCUUCUUCACAAACUUGAUAGAUCAGGUGACCCUGUUGAUUGUGUUGUUUACGAUUCAUUCUUCUCCUGGCCUCUGGAGGUUGCAAAGAGAUUUGGGAUAGUUGCGGCUGCUUUUCUCACUCAAAAUAUGUUUGUUAAUAGCAUAUACUACCAUGUCCAGCAAGGGAAGUUGCGUGUUCCCAUCACAGAGAACGAGAUUUCCCUUCCUUUGUUGCCUAAACUUUCAAUCGAGGACAUGCCCUCAUUCUUUUUCUUUACAGAUUCAGAUAUUCCAGCUGUGCUUGAUUUGUUAGUGGGUCAGUUCUCCAAUAUUGACAAAGCUGAUUGGAUCCUGUGCAAUUCAUUCUACCACAUGGAAAAAGAGGUAACAGAUUGGAUAAAGAAGAUUUGGCCUAAUUUUAGGAGCAUAGGGCCAUGCAUAACAUCCAUGACUUCAAACAAGCCAGUUACAGAUGAUGAAGAUGAAGGUGUUACUCAAUUUAAGAGUGAAGAAUGCAUGAAAUGGUUAGAUGAUAAACCAAAACAGUCUGUUGUUUAUGUUUCUUUCGGGUCUAUGGCAGUAUUCAACGAAGAGCAAGUAAAGGAGAUAGCUUACGGUUUAAGAGAUAGUGAAAACUACUUUUUGUGGGUAUUGAGGACCUCAGAAGAAACUAAGCUUCCAAAAGAUUUUGAAAAGAGAUCAGAGAAGGGCUUAGUAGUAGGGUGGUGCUCCCAACUAAAGGUCCUAGCUAAUGAGGCUAUAGGGUGUUUUGUGACACAUUGUGGUUGGAACUCUACAUUGGAAGGGUUGAGUUCAGGAGUUCCAAUGGUGGCAAUGCCAUAUUGGUCUGACCAAAGUACAAAUGCUAAGCUAAUUGCAGAUGUGUGGAAGAUAGGAAUCAGAACUACAGUUGAUGAGAAAAAGAUUGUGAGGGGAGAAGUGCUGAAACAUUGCAUAAUGGAAAUAAUGACGGAGAGUGAGAGAGGCAAAGAGGUGAAAAGCAAAGUCAUGCAAUGGAAGACUCUGGCCGCACAAGCUGUCAGCGAGGCAGGGACAUCUCACAAAAACACUUUUGAAUUUCUGACUAGCUUAGCUGCUUCCGGUACCAAGACCAUAGGGAAAAGCACAACCUCUGUGAUCUUUAACAUGCAACCUACAAUAGAUGAAAAUCAAGGUCAUUGGGUGUUUUGUAACACAUUGUG